GCACUUGGUAUCUCAGUACAGAGUAGGUGGCUUCUGUACUUGAGUUCAUUUAUUCCAAGUGGAACUUUCUGGUGGGAUAUAGACUGAAUAUCAAGAAGUAGAAGUUUAUAGAGAAAGAAGAACUCAUCCUGCUUUUUAUUUCCCAAGGGAUCAGGAGCUAAUAGCUUUGUUGUUGCUGCUAGCAAAUGGGGUUAACACUUUCAUUACUUUUAUCAGCAUGGAACGACAAGUUCAGGCUCAAGAUUUUCAAUUUGACAGAUAAUGUAGAGACAAUAGUUGCAAGAUCGAUGAGCUUUGGGAGCAAAGAAGGAGAGGUGAUCUUGAGAACAUUUAGUUUCAAGAAGGAAGGUGUAAGCACUCUUGGCAAUAGCCCAAAAUCCCAAAAGCAAAUGCUAAAAACACUCGUUCCUCUACAAGGAUUGGUUGUGGGCGAGGAGAAUGAGAAUUCAAAAUCUUUUGAACGAAAAGAUCAAGAACCAAAUAACGGGCCGAAGCCCAAAUUUUCCAUUCCAGUUGCAGAGCCUCUUCUGUUCUCUUCCCCAAGGCCUAUUAACGAGCUGAAUGAUGCCGCAACUAAGCUGCAAAAAGUAUACAAGAGUUAUAGGACACGAAGAAACCUUGCAGAUUGUGCAGUUGUGGUUGAAGAACUCUGGUGGAAAACAUUAGAUUCAGCAGCUCUGGACCAAAGCUCGAUAUCAUACUUCAAAAGCAACGAACAGGAAACUGCUGCAUCGCGGUGGUAUCGUGCAAAGAGAAGGGCUGCUAAGGUUGGCAAGGGGUUACUCAAGGAUGAGAAAGCUCAGAAACUAGCUUUGCAUCAUUGGCUUGAAGCUAUUGAUCCCCGUCAUCGCUAUGGACGCAGCUUACACUUCUAUUACGAUGUAUGGUUUGAGAGGAAAAGUUACCAGCCUUUCUUCUAUUGGUUGGAUAUUGGUGAAGGUAAGGAAGUAAAUCUUCCAAGCUGUCCCAGAGUCGACUUGCAGCGUCAAUGCAUCCAGUAUCUUGGCCCUAAAGAGAGGGAAUCAUAUGAAGUGAUUGUGGAGGAAGGGAAGCUAGUAUACAAGCAAAGUGGCAAUUUACUGAACACAGAUGAGUGCACCAAGUGGAUAUUCGUCCUGAGCACAUCAAGGUCUUUGUAUGUGGGACAGAAGAGGAAAGGUGUUUUUCAGCAUUCAAGUUUCUUGUCAGGUGGGGUUACAACCUCAGCUGGUAGAUUGACUGCUCAUAAUGGUAUUCUUGAGGCAAUAUGGCCUUAUAGCGGUCACUAUCUCCCUACAGAAGACAACUUUAAGGAAUUCAUCAGUUUUCUUCAGGAGAACCAUGUAGACAUCACUAAUGUCAAGAGGUGUUCAAUCCAUGAUGACUCGCCACCACUUAAAGCAACGGAUGAGGAAUUUAAGGCAGAAACGGAGGAGGGCCACUCCGAAGCUGCAUUGACAACAACAGCAGAUGGUAUUGGAUAUAACGGCCCUGUAAACCGCAUAGCAGAAGGCAGUAUGGGAAUCAAUACAACAAACAUAAAUGCAACUAGACUCGAAUUGACCAAGACUUUAUCAUGCAAGUGGGCUAGUGGAGUUGGUCCUCGGAUUGGGUGUGUUAGGGAUUAUCCAAUGGAGCUUCAGUCCCAGGCACUUGAAAAAGUUAAUCUAUCACCUACGCUUCCAUCACCACGCUACUCCAAGACUCACACUCCAAUCCCUUCCCCACGGCCCAGCCCCAAGAUUUGGCUCUCCCCUAGGCUUACAAAUAUGGGGCUUCCUUAGCCCAAGAUCGUCUCCUUCAACUGCAAGUUCGACUUUGAAGUCGUAACCAGUUAUUGAAUGACUUGUUUGUUGAUCAUCUGACCAUCAACUGAUGCAUUACUCGUGCGACAGUCAGUAGAUGUUCCUAGCUAGCUUAUUAGCACAUUUCAUUAGUUUAAUUCUUGUUGUCCGUACAAUAAUAAGCUUAGUUGCAAAAUUGUCAAGUCUGUAUUUCCCCAUUGCCUCAUCCUAAAUUGCACAGAGUUCUACUAAUAAGAUACUGUCUGAUGGAAUCUCUUGCAUGAUUGCAUCCAGGCAUUUUAUUUGUUAAUA